CAAAAAGAAAGGAAGAAAAAAAAAAAGAAAGAAAAGUGUGCGUCUCAUGUUCUUGCGGGACAGGAGGAGGAAGUUCUCGUCAGCUGCUUGUUGUGCAGCCGGAGGCGCGGCUGAUGGGAGUUGAGGAUUUCUCUUCAGGGCCCAAAUGGACUCGCCCGUUCCACCGCCAUGCACCCUCCCUCCUCCCCUCCCAUCCACGUCGUCCCCUUUCUGCAGCACCAGGCCGCGCGCGCAGCAAGGAAGUCGUCGUGCACGGCAGCAGCCAGUCGGCGGCUUGUGGCGCUAGAAUGACAUAGCGGGUGAAAAGGAGGAAGAGGAGAAACCAGGCAUUUGACGGAUUUAAAAAAAAAAAAAAAGCCUUUGUACAUCCACAGCGUGCCCCAACGAUGCUCAUCAAAGAAUUUCGGGUGAUUCUUCCUAUCUCAGUGGAAGAGUAUCAAGUGGGCCAGCUGUACUCGGUGGCCGAGGCCAGCAAGAACGAGACGGGAGGCGGCGAAGGCGUGGAGGUGCUAAAAAAUGAACCUUAUGAGAAAGAUGGAGAGAAGGGGCAAUACACACACAAAAUCUACCAUUUGCAGAGCAAAGUGCCAUCCUUCGUCAGAAUGUUAGCUCCGGCUUCGGCCCUCAACAUCCACGAGAAAGCUUGGAACGCGUACCCGUACUGUCGCACAGUUAUCACUAAUGAAUACAUGAAGGACAACUUCCUGAUCAAGAUCGAAACGUGGCACAAACCCGACCUUGGACGCCAGGAUAACGUGCACAGCUUAGAUGCAGAAACCUGGAAGAAGGUAGACGUGGUCUAUAUUGACAUUGCUGACAGAAGCCAAGUGGAGCCCAAGGACUACAAGCCAGAGGAGGAUCCCUGCAGGUACAAGUCGGUGAAGACGGGACGAGGCCCUCUAGGACCAGACUGGCGGAAGGAGCUCCCCAACAAGAAAGACUGCCCACAUAUGUGUGCCUACAAGCUGGUCACGGUCAAGUUCAAGUGGUGGGGCCUGCAGAACAAAGUGGAGAGCUUCAUCCAAAAGCAAGAGAAGCGCUUGUUCACCAACUUCCACCGUCAGUUGUUCUGCUGGAUUGACAAGUGGAUCGACUUGAACAUGGAGGACAUCCGCCGGAUGGAGGAGGAGACGCGCAAGGAGCUGGACGAGAUGCGAGUGAAGGAUCCGGUGAAAGGCAUGGUGGCGCUAGAGGACUGAGGUCGGCCCUCCAAGACAGUGAAUGCUGCUGCUCAUCAGACCCAAAUACCGAGACACCAGCGGAUUCACGUCCCCCUCCCAUUUCAGCCGACGCGACAUUUGGCCAACCCCCCUUCAAAUUCCCAUUCCUGACGUGACGACCCCCGCCCGUCCAAAAUUCCUUCGCUCGGUGCCGCCUGGUCUUCAGGUAGCCGGACCCUGUAAAGUCCUCGUCUCUAGUCUUCGUCCUUACCCCGUUCACUGACAGCUCCGAGGGGUCUGGUAGAAAAUAAAUAGAUUAAUUUAUUUGUCAAUUCAUUCCCAAACACAGAAAGUUUUUGACCUCUGCCAUGUGGGAUUUAUUCAAGCUAUUCCGAAGUUGUACAUUUCUACAAACUAUGCCGGGUGGGUGGGGAGUGGGUUGGAGUCAAUGUAUUGAAUAAUGCAGUAUUUAUAUACUGUGAAUAUAAAUAUAUAUAUAUAUAUAUAUAUAUAGAGAUAAUAUAUAAACAGGGUUUUUAAAAUGAUUUUUUUUCUGUAAGUCUGGACUUUUAUUUAUCCCCACCAGAUGCUACAUGUUUAUUUUUUUUCAUUCGCUCUUUUCUUUACUUCAGCGUCCUUUUUUUUUUGUCAUUUAAAACUACAGUGGUACAAACCGCUAGGUCAAAGGUUGUAUUUUUUUUGUUGUUGCCCUGUUUCUAUUCUGCUGCUUUGUGACAUUGUGUGUUUGUUUGCGGUUGUGUGUUGUAUUUCUGUGCGUGCGAUCUUACAAGUUUUUCUAGACGAAGAAAUUUGCAUUCAGUUGGUUUGAGGACUAAACAUAGACAAAUUAAUUCAAAUUUUAUAGCCUCGUUUCCACCAAGAAGCACAGUUCAGUACACAAUUUAUAAUGGUUUAAAUGUGGUCAUCACAACUCUUUGACAACACAAUAUUUUAAUACUAAACGAUGUCGUGAGGAUAUAAAAAAAAAAACAUGUACUUCAGCUCCUUGGGUAUACUUUUCAUAAAUAGCUAAUCCUGAAAAUUUGGUCACCACAAUAACUCUGAAGUGAAGGUUAAAUCAUUUCCUCUUUCCAAAUAUUGUAAAGUGAACCAAAGAAAUGUUCUGUACUUUUGCACUUUUUGGGACUCCUAUGGUGGGGUACCAAACUGAGUUUAGGUGAGACACUAACGCACUGGUGUCAAACACAAGGCCCGGGGUCCACAUCCGGCCUGUGCAUGAUUUUAUGUGGCCCGCGAAGCCAAAUAUAGAGUUUGCAUUUCUAUGAUUCUUGUAAAAAUCUGUACCAAAAUUCCAAAUUGCCAUACAGUUUAUCAUAAAUGAUCAAGUUGAGAUAUGACAAGCAUUUUUGUUACCAAACAUGAAUAGUUGAAAAACACGUUAGCCUUGAUUUCUGAUUCCAAAACUGCUUUAUAAAUUGAUUAUAUAAACAUGAUGAGACGAGUAAACAUUUUUAUUGUUUCACAGUCAAAAUAGCCCUCUGAUGUGAACCCGAAAUACAAUGUGGCCCGCGAGAAAAACGAGUUUGACACCCCUGCACAAAAGGCGCGACAAACAAUAUCACAAUGUAUCAUGCAAUAGAAUAUCGAUAUCAAAAAUAUCUUGAUUGUAGCGGAGUGAUGUACUUCAUGCUCCCUUUCAGAUUGAUGAUAAUUGGUGGAAACCCGAUUUAAACGUGUACACUUGCACAGUGAUGACUACGGAAAACAAAACGUGAACAUAUCAGACCAAAAUGUGUUACCAUAUUUAAUAACGGCUAUAAAAGUUUUUUGCGACAUAGAUGUGAAAAUAUAGCUGUAUCGAGAAACUGUGAUAUCCUUGGCAAAGUUAUAUCGUAUUGAGACUGGACCGAACUGGACGGCUGUGGGAACGAGGCUUUAGCGAGUCACCUUCUCUCCACUGGAUAAAUGAACGUAUCCAGUGAUAGCAAUAACUGCCAUCAUGACGUGCUCUAUUGUUUCUGUUACGGGGGAAUUUUUUUUUUUUUCAACAACAACCUUUGUCCUGUUGUUUUUGAGAUGUGUGCAUGAGCGUAUGUGCAUGUGUGUGUGUGUUGCUUUCAGUGAUGUGACUGUUUUUGUUGUACGUUUAGUACAAAAUGUCCAAACCAGAAGCCUAUUGCUACACCGUUUUUGUGCAAUAUGUCAAAAACCCUUAAAAAUAUCUGAAUGCAUAAUUUGAAAAGAUAAUUUAAGGUAACAAAAUCAGCAGGUUCGAUGUCAGCUCUCCGGACUUCCGAGUCAUCUUCAGGCUUCCUGAAAAUGUUGUACUGUAUUCCCCGCACAAGGACCUCAUUGAAGGACUGCAUUAAAAAAAAAAAAAAGAAGUUA